AUGCCAAAAUUACCAAAAACAUGGAUCCUCCUCCGAAGCACCGAAUAUCAACCCAAUGGUUGCCUCUCACUCGGACAAAUUCUCCUCAAACCCUUCGAGCCGAGCCUUCCCUUACUUCCCGAAGGACCCCUCCCAAUCCCUCCUUCCUUGAUAGAGCGUAGCCACCAAAGCUUCUCCCGAAUCUCGUCAUCGUCAUCGCUCUCUGGGUCUUUCGGGUUUUGGGCCAGCAUCGACUUGCUCCCCGUCCAGGCCGAGUUGAGCGGAACUCGUUCGGCGUCUGAGAGUUGGAACUGGAGUUUUGAUCGACUGGAGUCUGAAACUAUUGUGCCAAGACUAGUAGAUGUUCAAGCUGCAAUGAAAAGAGAGGAAAUUGUACGACAGAUCAAUCACCGCAAAUUCGACUUCCGAAAAAGGCUGUAUAUGGUCACCGGAAUCAGGGUUGCGAGGGGAGCGAAGUUAUCUCAAAGCUCCUCAAAAUCGGUGGGGAUAGAUGCAAAAGCUGGUCUUGAUUUAGUGAAUUUAAUUGGUGCUCCCAUUGCUGCCGGACCUAAGGCAGGGGUUAAAAGGGGAAAAGAUUACGAAACUUCCUUUGAAGGGGCAAGUGAUUUUGUGUUUGCUUAUCGUGUUUGUGAAGUGUAUUAUGGAAAAGAUGUUUAUGUUAAGCCGUAUAAUAAAGGGGAUACAUUAGGGGUUCAUGGGGGGAUGGAGACGCAGGAGAGUAGCAAUGAUGAGGAUGAGGAUGAGGAUGAGGAGGAGCAUUGCAUUAUCGUUGAGAAGAUUGGGGCUAGCGAAUAUAAGGGUGCCGGCGUAGCACAUCAGUCUUUCCAACUGCCUGCAGAUGGGAGCGACGCGGAGGAAGAGGAACUCCUUGUUGCUAAUGGGAGGGUAGAGGGUCAAGUUUGA